UUAUUCUUUUAUUCCAAAUCUCUCGUCUCAGCAUCUCAUUCUCCCUCAUCUCUCUGUGAUAUAUAGCAAAACCAAAAUUAAAAGGGAGGGUUUGAAAAUUGAAUUGAUAUUAAAAAAAAGAGAAAAAGAAAGGAAGGAAGGAAUGGGUUCUCGAGUAGUGGUAACAAGGGCGAAUAGAAUAAAGGCAAAGUUGCAAUCGGCACUGGAAGCCACCGCUUUGGAGAUCGACGACGUGUCGUACCAGCACGCUGGACAUGCCGCCGUCAGAGCCAGCACUGCAGAAGGCCAGAGUGAGACUCACUUCAACGUCAAGAUCGUCUCCCCAAAGUUCGACGGGCAGAGCCUCCUCAAACGCCAUCGUUUGGUCUAUGAUGCUCUUGCCGACGAGCUUCACUCUGGUCUACACGCUCUUUCUAUUGUCGCUAACACACCCCAAGAAGCUGAAGCCAAAGCCAAAACCCAAAACCCAAUACCCAAUAAAUAAUCAAGACUGGGGAGACAAUAAAUCAUCUUUUCUUGUGUUCUGCUAUAGUGUUUUUGCAUUAAUUAGAGCAGUGAAGGUUUCAGCGUGUUGGAGCAGUGGCACUAUGAAACAUCAAAGUUCAGAUUUGUGGCAUACUAUUCCAUUGUAUUUGAUGUGGUGUAUUUGGAAGGAGCAUAAUGCUAGAACCUAUGAUGUGGUCGAGGACUCCUUGCUUUGUAUGAAACUUUUAUUCUUAAGAUCUUUGUUUCAAUGGUUAAUGGAUAUUGGGGAUUUAGCCUACUUUUCAAAAAGAUAUUGGGAUUAAGCCUAUAAUUAAUUAAUUAUAUAUAUUUAUAAUUUGAGAUGUUAAUUCUUUGGUGGUACUCUUAUAUACUCUCCAUGUGUUCACCAUCUUUCUUUUAAAAUAAAACUAUUGAUAUAAAAAAAAAAAUAA